CGACAGCACUGUGCGACUGGCUGCCAUUCUCUCCCUCCACCAUUCUGCGUCAUUUUCGGCUUUCGAUAUGUCUGCUGCUGCCGCAAUGAAUGGGUACACAUAUGACGAUGCCAUGGCUCUCGGGGUCAACCUCAGUCUCGUCUUAGGGCCACUCGUCAUAGCGUCAAUGAUUAAUACCUUCGUUUACGGUAUUUGUGUCAUGCAAUUCUACGAGUACUUUUUUGCCCGCUUCCAUGACGGCUGGAAAACGACGUCCUUCGUCAUAUACCUCGCAAUACUUGAUACUUUCGCCGUAUGCUUGAACGCGUCGUUGAUAUGGUACUACACGGUGCAUGGAUUCGGUGAUGUCACCGUCAUCGGCUCAACACCUUGGAUGUACAACAUUGUCCCCGUUCUCAGCGUCAUGGCUUCCUGCCCGAUCCAGCACUUUUUAGCGUGGCGUAUCAAACGGUUGACAAAGUCUUGGAUCCUCUUUGGCGUCAUAUCCACGGUAUCUCUGGUCUCUGCGAUAUGUGGAAUCGUCGCGACAGCGUUGGCUUUGCAAGUAGGAAAGGUGUCCAAUAACACCAAUCUGCUGCCCUUUGCAGAUACUUGGCUGGCCGCCGCCACGGCUUGCGACAUAGGUGUCACUACUAUGCUGCUCAUCUUCUUGACCAAAAGUCGGACGGGCUUUAAGAAGACCAACAACUUGAUCGAACAUCUUAUCAAGGUGUCCCUCGAAUCUGCCGUGCCCGUUACAAUAUUCACGGUCUGUGACUUGGCUAUCCUCACAACGAUGCCGACGAGCAACGUCCACAUGCUUUUUGCUCUAGGCAUGGGCAGAGUCUACACAAACACGGUGCUCACCACGUUGAACGCGCGCCUGAAGUACCGGAUUGGUUCUACGCAGGAAUCGACGUCCAACAACCAUCAGACUAUCAAGCUCAGUCAAUACACACACGGACAGACGCAGGUUCGCAUUGAUGUUCAACAGGACACAAUGGGUGACGCCCCUGGCUUUCAGAAAAGGACAGACCCCGCGAGUGGUGCUGACUACGACAUGCACGGUAGUUCGGAUGGUCAGGAUAUCAAGACACAUGUCGUCUGAUGAUGAGGCAGGCAGGGGCUCGGAUUCUCGACAAAAUGUCGCUUUUGUUCUUACGGUGUUCAUUUGGAUUCUGGUUGUUCAACUCUCCGGAUUUUUCUGCCUAAUUUAAUCUCGUUCAUUUUUGCCCUUUGUUAUUGUUG